UUCUGAGCGACAGCUAUAUAAGAGUCAGCUGUUGGUUCCAGAACUUCACCAAAAUGUUUUCAUGGGGAGAGGACUGUGAGCAGGGCUUUUGGUUGAGAGAUGGCUCAACAGGUGACCGAGUUACAUUUUUAAAUCUGAGUUUUAACAUCACGGAUGUGUCAGCAGGUCGCAGUGUGCUGGCCUUCAUCAAAAGCAGUGGAGAUGCAUUCAUCAUUCGCACAAAUGAGAGCACAGAUGGUAAAAGGGUCAGAGGAAAAAAGAAGUUUGUGAAGUGUAAAGAGAAGAUUCAGGCUGUGAGUUGUGGUGAUGAUAUGGUCACACUGCUGUCUGAGAGAGGAACAGUUCUCUGUGUAGACGCAACUCGCACCUACAUUCCAAGGCCCCUUGAAGCUUUGUGUAAAAUAUCAGUUUCUCAGGUUGCUUGUGGAAGUCAGCAUUCAGUUGCCCUAACCAAAGAUGGUCAGGUGUAUACAUGGGGUCAGGACUCCAGGGGCCAGGGGCCAGCUGGCGCCAAUUCACCCCAACACCUCCGAUCCCUGUCAGCCCUCCCCCUGGUCCAGAUCGCUGCAGGGGGAGAGCAGAGCUUUGCCCUCUCUGUCUCUGGAGGUGUGUUUGGCUGGGGCAGAAACCACUGUGGACAGCUCGGGCUGGGAGACACAACAGACAGACCUACACCAACUCCAGUUCAUUAUCUGAACUCUAAGAAAACUAUUCACAUUUCCUGUGGAAAGAACCACACUGCCAUUUUGACAAAGACUGGUGCAGUGUUUACAUUUGGCUCUGGUCAUUAUGGACAGCUUGGGCACAACUCAUUCAGAGACGAAUUACGACCUCGGCUUGUUGCAGAACUUUGGGGGGCAAAGGCCAUCAAGAUUGCUUGUGGACGACAUCACACAUUAGUGUUGACAGACUCCAAGAGGGUCUACUCCUUUGGGUGUGGAGAGCAGGGGCAGCUGGGACAUCGAGAGGAGAGUCAUCAGUCUGUGCCGCUACCUGUUCAAUUGCCCCAGGACGACAGUCCCAUACUUAGAGCCAUCUACGCAGGAGGGAACUGUUCGUUUGCAAUGUGCACACCUGUUCAGGAAGUUGAUGAGAAGUCAAACACUGACAGUGUCAACAAUGUCAAACAGCACUCUUUUGAGGGCAUGAUUGACAAAUGGGUCUCUAAAUGUGGUUUAAAAUCAUCAAAAAAGAUAAAACGGGAAAUCCACAGAACGUUUUCCUCUGCAUCCUUCAUGAAUCAAGUCUUCCUUGACCAAAGUGGAGAUAAACAUUUCCAGACCUCACCUAAGUACUCUGGCUUGAACUUGUCACUUUUGCAACGUGCUUUCAAGAAUCUUGUGAAGAAAGACGAUGUUUUGACACAGGUUGAAGCUGCUGUCUUGCACUUGCUUCCCUCUUUUGAUGAGACGUCUGUGGGAGUUGAGGGGUUGAGGCUCUUCCUGCUUCUCAAUGAGCUCCUGCAUGUGAUCCAGAGACACCACCCGCUUCCGAGCAUGAAGCUCGCUGAGGCGGUCGCUGCUGCCACGCAAAGACUGUCUACUGAAAGCCUCCAGGUCAUAGGGGACUGGUGGUCGUCACUGUCAUCCUCCACCAUGGUUAGACAUGUUAAGGUGUGGAAGCAGGCCCUCUCCCUGAUCCUGUCCUAUAGGCCUGUUCCUCGCAACUCUAGAUUAAGAAACCUGCUACAAGUCCUCCAGUACAUGUACAACGCCAACAACAAGAUUGCAGGACGUCAGAGAAUCCCAGAAAAAACUUUUUGUUUGGGGAUAAGCGAAACAUUUCUUUACGAGGAUCUGCAGAUUUGGCAUUCAAUGUCAAAAGUCAAGGAUAUGGAUGAUCACCCACUUGUCCUUUGUAACUUCCCAUUUGUAAUGGAUCUGAAAUCAAAGAAACUGGCUUUUGACAUCAAUGCCGAAAUCACUCAGAAAGAACACCAGGCAAAUAUGACUCGGUCUUUUGGAGGGGUUCUCGAGACAAAUCCUUAUUUCGAACUGAAGCUGAAGCGAGCAUCACUUUUGGAAGGCACCUUUAAACAACUUGCUGCUGCUGAUCCCAGUGCCUACAAGAAGCCACUUGUGGUCUAUUUUGAUGAGGACCCAAAGGUCACAGACGUCUACAAAAGGGACCUUUUUCACCACUUUUUUCUUGAAAUGGUGUCAACUAAAUCUGGAAUGUUCAUGUUCAGUGAUUCUGAAACGCUGGCAUGGUUCCCCUCCACAGCAAAAGAAGAGGACAAGACAAACUUCUUCCUGGUUGGGGUUCUGUGUGGAUUGGCCUUAUACAACAAAAGUAUCAUACACUUCCCAUUCCCACUGACUCUGUUCAAGAAGCUGCUUGAUGUGGAGCCGACACUGGAGGAUAUGAUGGAAUUCAGCCCAGUUGUUGGAAAGAGUCUGCAGUACGUCUUGGACUAUGAAGAUGACCUAGAAAACCUGUACAUGCCUUAUUCGAUGGACUGGAAUGGGACAGAGAUUGACCUUGAUCCCCAAAAUCCUGGAAAGACAGUGACAAGUCAAAAUAAGAAGGAGUUUGUGGAUGCCUACGUGAGACAUGCCUUCAACACAUCAGUGGAGAGUGUGUUUCAGGAGUUUAAGCGGGGCUUCUUCCAGGUGUGUGACAGGGAUUUAGUGAAGCUGUUUCGGCCAGAGGAGCUGCAGCAAGUGCUGGUGGGCCAAGAUGUCUAUGACUGGGCGAAACUGAAACAGAACACAGUGUGGGAACUUCGUGUUGGCUAUCCCACCAUGCAGAUGUUUUGGGAGGUUUUUGAUGAACUGACUGAAGACAAGAGGAAAGAUUUCCUUUGGUUCCUGACUGGUUUUAGAAGGGUUCCUAUUCUUGGCAUGGACCAGGUCCAGAUGGAAGUUCGAGUUAUGCCAAUCCAGGGCGGUCAGCACUACGAUCAGCACUUUCCUUGUUCUCUCACGUGUCACUCUAUUCUGGAGCUGCCCUUAUACUCAUCCAAGGAGAUUAUGCGAGACAGGCUGACAGAGGCCCUGAUAACAGAGAGAGGAUUUCUGGCCCUACCUCAGGAUUUACACUAAAUCACGGUACUGAAGGUACAUGACUUGACGACUGUAAAACAUGUACAUUGAAAAAGAUGACUACAUUUUCAGCCAUUCUUCCUUAGCAGUGCUACGGUGUAGCAACGUAACAGAAGGCACUUUAAAGAUCUAUUGGAUAUUUUGGUUCUGAAAAUAGAACAUGCUAUAUUUUAACUGAUAAUUUAAGAUAUUUCAUUUAUUUAUGUUAUUUUCCUGAUUUUUACAUCUUCCAAGUAAAUGGAAAAGUCUAAUUUUUAAAUGAUUUUUUUUUCACAGCCCAACUUGAAAUAAACAAAAUACUGUAGUUACCAGUUUAUUACACUUGCUGAAUCUAAUGCAAUCCAUUACAACACUAUAAUAAAUCUUAUCGUUGGGAAGAUUAUUAAUGUUCUAACUGAUUAUGUGUCUAGAGGUGUCAGUUAAACUGUAUGGUAAUGUGUGUUUCUAGUUUACGGCUCUGUUAUAUGACUGUAUUAUAUAUUGAGAACAGUAAAUGGGGUUGGAGAAAAUAUUGUUAUGACAGUCAGAUAAGCCAAUAGUGUACAUUAGGGGUCUAUUAAGAGAAUGUCCAAUUUGGUUUAGGAAAUUUAAGUUGUACUCCAUUCCUGCAGGGUCCUGUUGUCCUAUUGUUUUGUCAUGACUGUAUAUUUUGUUUGCACGUCAUACCAUGUAACCAUAGUCAAUAAAAUGUGACAUUACAGAC